AUGGCUACCGGGUCCAAAGUUCAUCUGCAGGCAUCGCAAAAGCCACAGUACUAUGUCAACGGGCUGAGACCCGAAAGUGCAGAGAAGGCAAGCCAGUUGUUGCAAACAAACCAUGAGGAGCACCACAUUUUCUUCAAUCAGAGCGGAUUCCAUAACCAUAUUGCCCACCAUCUCCUCACCCUAUUUGCGCUCGAUGCCUCACCAGAAGAACUCCAAAAAGCGUACGAUGCAAACGUAACCUACCAACGCCCACCCGAGCCUCUCAAAGAGUCUAUCGUCGACGACAUGUACGAUCCUGAGCGCUUCAAGUUGUAUCUUGGACAAGAGAAAUACUAUCAUGAUUUCCUUGUCUAUUUCCAGCAAGAGAUUAAUAAAAAUGGCUGGCAACGUGUACUACAAGAACAUCUGUUUGCAGGAACCGGACACGCAGAUGACAUGCUAGUACGGAUGUACGCCGGAUUCCUUCAUCCCAUCAUACAUCUCGGGUUCGGCAUCGAGUUCCAACAGCCAGCCAUCAUCGCAGAGGCGAUGGCGCAAGCCGCUGUACACGACAAUUGGAUGGCACCGCUAUUUCAUGGAUGCGAGAAAGCCGCUAAAGAGACAAGAGGUAAAGACGGGUCGAGGAAGACCAUCGUGCAGAUACUGGAUGAGUGCAAGAAAGACGACAAGUUGAGCAAAUCAGCGCAUUUUGAAGAUGGAAAUAAGAUCCGAGAUGGAAUCCUGAAGAGAGCACCAGAAGAGAUGAUCAAGAAUGCGGUGCAGUAUACAGUUAAAGAGGAGGAACUAGAAGAGAAGACUGCAGAGAUGAUCAACGCCGCUGUAUACUACACGGCCGCCGCCCAACGUCCACCCCACCAAGUCAAGUUCGACUUUUUCUACAUGCAUUGCGUGAACUCCAGCAUCUUCUUCUCCGCCUUCCUCUCUCCCGCCUCCUCUCUAUCACCCGCCACCCAGUGCCGCCUUUUAGAGUGGAAAGUCUGGAACGACAUCACCAUGUACGUAUCGCGCGGCUGCCCAUCCCUCCUUAUAAAUGAGAUCAACGGCUACGCGCCGACGAAAGAUAGUGGUAUAGGUGAAGUCAUCAAGAGGGUGAACAAAGUGGAAGACGAUGGGCAUGCUUGUAAGCUUGUAAGAGCGGUUGCUAAUGCAGAGGCGGUUUGCAAGAAGUGGGAAGGUAAAGAGGGAAUGUUAAUCAAGGAGGACAUGUGGAGAAAGAUUGGGCACAUGGCGUUGGAUUCUGUAGAGGCUGGAGAGCCACAUUGGGUGAGAAGUUGUGGAUUCAAGGAGGCGUGGGAGAAGAUUCCGUUGCGGGACGGGAUGAGGCUGUAA